CAAAUGGUCAUGCCUGAUCAGAUGUACACAGGAACAUGGUCUCCUGAAGGGAACCAUGCCAGUUUGCCACCUGUGCAAGGAAAAGAAAGUCAUGAGGUUCAGGCCAUCCUUGUGUGCUGAUAGAGCGACAUACCUUCGACCCAUUUGGUUUUCGACAGGGAGUUGAGGUCCAGAGUUGCGGUCUUGUUGCCUGAGAAGACAUGACAGACAUGCUCUCCGUGCGGCACUGAAUGCAUUUUCUCGAGCAGCUCAAGUGCUGAAGUGACCGCACAUCAAGCUGUGAAGCUUUGUGGUUGGACUCAUGGGGAACACUACGGGGUGCUGCUACUCCGCAGACAAUCGCUGCUGUGGUGGAGAUAUAGCUCCCGGACCAGUUGACCCACUUCGUGAUGAGGCACACGGCGAGAAGGAUCGAAAGACAGACACGGCAGAAGCAGGCGGCACAAGUGCACCUGCUUUGGUCGAGGAUAAGAAAGAGGACUCUUCUGCCGCUGAUGCCGAGGAGCGGCAGUUUGUCACUUACCAGGAUGGAUCAACAUACACAGGCAUGAUCAAGGAAGGCAAGCGUCAUGGACACGGUGUGUGGCAGUCUAAGAAUUGCCAGUAUGAGGGGCAGUGGAAGGCCGACGCGCAAGACGGACAAGGGCGUCAGACGUGGAGUGAUGGACGUGUGUACGAAGGACAAUUCCAGAAUGGCCGCUUUUCCGGAACGGGCAAGAUGGUGUGGCACACUCAAAAGGGUAUGCUGGUCUAUGAGGGUCAGUACAAGGAUGAUUUGAAGCACGGUCAUGGCAAGUUUGUGUGGCCCGAUGGCCGCACUUACGACGGUGAGUGGAGCCAAGGCAAACGCCAUGGCCGGGGUACCUACAUCACUGCUAAAGCCGAAAGGAAGGUUGGCUACUGGCAGGAUGACAAAUUUGAUCGCUGGGAGAAGGAGGAGGGCGCAUGAAUCGAAAGCUCCAAAAGCAAGAGCUUGCCCGGCUGAUGCUGGAUGAAGCGAAGCUUCUGUGCAGCUGAAAGCCAAACACCAGAGAUCUACUUGCAGCAAAAAGGGCUGAAAUUGUGCUUGGCAGAAUCUAUAGGUUGGGACAACAAGUAGGGCAGCGAUUUCUAUUUUUAAGGGUGC